AUGGCAUCUGUGUCGCCGCCCAAACCGUGGGAGCGAGCAGGAGUUUCAGCUGCAGCAGGCUCUGCUCUGGCACCGCAAACAGCUACAGCGGCUUCUUCAGCACCUCAAUCUACUACCACCGCUGUUGCGCCAUCUUCUACCACUGCUCCCUCGGCACCUGAACUACCAUCCCGGCCUAGCACACUCAAUGCCGUUGUCAGCCAGACCGCCUCCACCUACUCUCCCUAUGGCGCUUCUAGACUAGGGACAUCACCCUAUGCUGGUGGGUACAACAACUACUCAUCGCCGUAUUCACGGUUUGGGGCGAUGGGUUCGAUGUACGGCGGCUACGGCGGGAUGGGGGGCAUGUAUGGGGGCAUGGGAGGAAUGGGAGGAAUGUACGGAGGGAUGCAGAAUGGUGACCCCAACAGCUUGACGAACUCGUUCAACCAGAGUACGCAGGCGACGUUCCAGAUGAUUGAGAGCAUCGUUGGAGCGUUUGGCGGGUUCGCACAGAUGCUGGAGAGCACGUAUAUGGCAACACAUAGUUCAUUUUUCGCUAUGGUAUCGGUUGCUGAGCAAUUUGGGACACUUAAAAACACUCUCGGCUCAGUUUUGGGUAUUUUCACACUUCUUCGGUGGCUCCGGACACUGCUCGCAAAACUGACCGGCAGGCCUCUCCCCGCUGAUGCAACUGCCCUGACUCCAUCUGCCUUCUCUGCAUUCACUGGCAACAACGGUGGUCUACCAGACGGCUCCGGCCGUCCCAAGCCAUCGAAGAAGCCGUUCUUCUUCUUCCUUGCCGCCGUAUUUGGCCUUCCCUAUCUCAUGUCAAAGCUCAUCCGCGUCCUGGCCCGGUCACAAGAGCAGGAAGCUAAACGACAGCAGGAACUGCUCAACGAAGCCCAGCAGGGCUCCAUUGAUCCGUCCAAACUCGACUUCUGCCGGGUUUUGUAUGACUACUCGCCCGAUACACAGGCAACUGGCGGUAUAGACCUAUCAGUCAAGAAGGGCGAUCUCGUCGCCGUCCUGAGCAAGUCAGACCCAAUGGGAAACCCAUCCGAAUGGUGGAGGUGCCGAAGCCGUGAUGGCUCUGUCGGCUACCUGCCAAGCCCCUAUCUCGAAGCCAUCCAACGCAGGCCACAGCAGCAAGCGAUCACAGCAGCAGCAGCCAACAAUAACAGCGCCCCAGCCACGAGGACGAGCACUCUGGUUGGCAACUCUACCGAGCCUCGAACAAAGAGUUUGACUGCCCUAAAACAGGCUCCAGAACCCAUCAAGGGAAACCAAACCGAUAUCUCUUUGGAGAACUUUCAGAAGAGCACCUUUUACUCUUAA